GUGGGAGAAACCCAGAAUUAGGGUUUAAGAAAGAUGAGUGGAGUAGGAACACCUGAUUUCUAUUACAGAGAAGCUCUCCGUCUCGGUUAUCUCGCUCGUUCUGCUUUCAAGCUUCUUCAGAUACAAAAGCAACACAAAUUGAUAACUCCAGGCUCCUCCGUUCUUGAUCUUGGCUGUGCUCCUGGUGCUUGGCUUCAGGUUGCUUGCCAGAGCUUGGGACCAAUGAAUCAUGGUGGCUCUGUUGUCGGUAUUGAUCUCAAGAAGGUGAAGGUUCCUUCCCAACAUUGUGAUGCUAGGGUUAAAACUGUUUGUGCUGAUGUUAUGAGUCUUCCUAGGCACCAAGUUCGAGCUCUAUCUCCUAAGAAUAAAGGGUUCUCCGUAAUACUCUCGGAUAUGUGUCCGUCAGUUUCCGGAAUCACAACUAAGGAUGCAGCUUUAUCAGCGGAACUUGGGAUGCAAGCACUUGAUAUAGCUGUUGGUGGGCUAGCAUCAGCUUAUACUGAUGGUGAUAAUGAAAGUAAUUGUCUUUCGGAAUCUACUUUAGAUCAAGAUGAUAAAGGCGGCGUCUUGCGAGCAGGGGGGCACCUAGUAAUUAAGCUUCUAGAAAGCGAGGAUACCCAAGAAUUUACUCGGAUUUGCAAACCGUUAUUCAGAAAGGCGUCGUGGUUGAGGCCUAAGGCUACAAGAUCCUCAUCAAGAGAGACUUAUUUGAUUUGUCAAGGUCUGAAGUUAUAGAUAGGUUAGGAUUAGAUUUUGUUGAGGGGGCUUGUUCGAAAAUGUUACUAGGAUUGCAAAAUCCAAAGUCUUACUUUGCAUAAUUUGUCGAGUCCUAUGUUUCGACAUUUCAUUUUUAUUUAUGGAAAUGCUUAUGAAAUUUUAAAAAUUAAUAUUUAUAAAAAUAUGGUUUUAUCA